UAUUAUUUCAUCCCAAAAUAUCACAUUUUCCUCAUAUAUACAUAGCUAAGAGUCGCUGCAAGAAAACAAAUAUAGUUUCAAUUUAGUUGCUGCGGAAGUUAAUUACCUGAAAUUGCACCAUACAUAGCUUCCGUUGCAGCUUUAAUUUAAUAUCAUUUUUUAUCAUAUUAUAAAUUCUUUCGAUCGCUUUGACUCUUAGCAUUUAAUUAUAAUGGCUCGUUAUUUCUCCAACUCCAAGAUUGUUUCUGCUUUCAUUGUAGACUCUGUUUCUGCAGCUAUUUCUAGGCGUGGAUAUGCAGCUGCAUCACAAGGUGCUGUUUCUGGUAGUGUAAGAGGUACUGGGGCAGUGAGAAGCAAUGUGAUGAUGAAGAAAAGUGUAGAGGAAUCAAACAAGACAACUUCAUGGGUACCAGACCCUGUUACUGGUUAUUACAGGCCAGAGAGCCAUGUCAAGGAAGUCGAUGUUGCUGAGCUUAGAAACAUGUUGUUGAAGCACAAGAGACAACACUGAAAAAAUAUAGGAUCAAGAAUUUGUGUCUUG